UUCUUUUUUGAAGUAUUGAGGUAAUAUAAAAGAGAUUGUUAUUUAUCAGGAUAGAGAAAAGUAAUAAAGGGGAGAGACUAGAGGGAAGAGAACAGGCACUCGUUGGAGAGAGCGAAAGAUAAACGCCGUGAAGUCAGACUGUAAUUUUUUUUUUUUUUUUAAUUUUUCGUUGAGGUUUCUCGCUCCUUCCAGAUCUCCCCGUAAUCAUGACAACAUCAAGGCGACUUGCAGAUAGGAAGGUGGAGAGGUUCGAGAAGAACAUAACAAAGAGAGGAACAGUGCCUGAGACAACUACAAAGAAGGGAAAGGACUAUCCAGUUGGCCCUCUUCUGCUUGGUUUCUUCAUUUUCGUUGUCAUUGGUUCAUCUCUAUUCCAGAUAAUCAGGACAGCAACAAGCGGUGGCAUGGCAUAAAUGUAGACAGCAUAUUUUGAGAGAUGCAAGAAAUGUUAGCUUUGUAGUUGAAUGGGAAAAUGACUUUAUUUUAUUUUCUUACUUGUUCUGAAACUCGGUAACUAUAAAAUAAUAAAAUGAUCCUUCCUCAUAAUAUUUAAAUA